GCCCCUUUCCAAUGACGUCAACGGCGCUGUGUUGUGAGUGUGUUGGUAGCAAAGCCUCACAUUACUGCACAUUACAGGUUCAUCAUUUAAAUCAAGCAAUCGUGAUCUUAAGAAGGGCUGUACAUUGCGGAAUAUCAUGUCAGACACGGAGACCAAGCCCUCAAGUGAUGGAGGCGAGAAGAAAGAUGGAGAAUAUAUUAAACUGAAAGUGAUCGGUCAGGACAACAGUGAAAUUCACUUCAAAGUGAAGAUGACAACACAUUUAAAGAAGCUGAAGGAAUCCUACAGUCAGAGACAGGGUGUACCCAUGAACUCUCUAAGGUUUCUUUUUGAGGGACAGAGAAUUGCAGACAACCAGACCCCCAAAGAGCUGGGAAUGGAAGAUGAGGAUGUGAUCGAAGUGUAUCAGGAACAGACCGGUGGCUGUCGAAAUGACUAGACCUCUAUUUUCAUGCUCUUUAUUUUUAUCUUAAUUUUGUAUGUAUGACAUGAUGUAUUUCAUCUGUUUCCUUUUGCUGUCACCUCAAAGGGAAGCAGAAAAACCAUCUGGAUCAAAUAGAUAAUCUGUCAGGGCUGCUGUGUUUGAAGGAGUUGGGCGGUAUUACAAUAGGAGAUGUUCUUCUAGCCAUAUUCCACGUUCACUAUCCUUUGUCUGUAUCUUCACCAACCCAUCUCCACAUUCAUACGCAUCUUUUAAAUGAUUCUGGUCACAUUCUGCAAUGACACAUGUAACAUGUUGUGUGGUGCCCUGAGCUGAUUGAAAACAGUCUUGUUUAUUUGUACAGUACUGCUAAAAACCUUUAGAUUAUGCUGUUAAAACCAAUCGACAAAUCAAGACGAAUUUUUGAUGCCAACUUUGCUGUCCUUUCACUUUUAUAAGUAAUUAAGGUAUUGUUCAUUGUUUUUGACUCAUUUUAUGCUAGUAAACACACCUGCCAUAAUGUAAUCGCAAACCCUUAAGUAUUUUACAUUCUGGGAUGCUUAUUUAUGUACAAUUGUUGUCUAACGUUAGAAAAGUAUAAAAUGUUUCCUCCUUCUUGCAUGUGUCAGCAACAACUGUGUACAGUUGUACUGUAUACAGGCACACUAUGAAUUGCAAGGGGGAGAUCACUGUAUCGUGUUGUAAAUGACAAGUAGUUUUUUUUGUUUUGUUUUUCUGCAUGCUUUUGUCUAACGUAAUAGAAUUUGUACCCCUGUCUGAAUCUGUGUUGUCACCUUCUGUUAUACCUGGUCUUGAAUAUUUGGCUCCCUUUUAGCCACAAUAAUGGAUUUCAAAAUCUGAAAAUAAUGGGUAACUAUGUUGUUUGAUUAGUACUCAGGGGCGUCAUUCACAGAAUAAAUAUAGCAAAUGUGUCACUGUACUCAUGUUUCUUUUCAUACACUUUUAUAUUUUUAAUUCUAUGUGAGAGGGGAGGGAUAUUUGGUCCAGAUGGUUUUGUGGAUAUAGAAGAAUUAUGACUUUGCUUUUGUCUUGUUUUUUAAAUAAAAUGUGUCAUAAAACA